UGGAACUCUGUAUUGUGUUGUCUGUAAUACCAACAAUCAUAUCAGGUGAAUUAUCACAAUUAAUCAUGAUCGGUACAUUUUUGUGCACUUUCUCUCUAUGGCUGUUCACUUCUCUGAACGUAUGUGCCGCCUACACUAUAAAACCGGUUACGCCCCCCAUACAACAUAGUGAGGGUCCCCAUUGGAUUGAAAACCAGCAAAUGGUAUAUUACGUCGACACGUUCAGACCCACAAUAUAUAGAUGGGAAUAUUCUACAGGCAAAGUAUCAUCACACCGUCUAGAUCAUCAUGACUCUAUUGGGAUAAUAAUUCCGAUCAAAGAUACUGAGGACGAAUUCGUUGUGGGGGCUGAUCAAGAUAUAUACAGAUUGAAAUGGCCCAAGGAGGACUCAAAUGAAAAAAUUGAAUUUGUGAACCUGGCGAAGAUACAGCCAACGAAACCAGAAAAACAGUUUAAUGACGGCAAAGCUGAUUGUCACGGCAGAAUUUGGGCAGGGGUACUGACUAGAAACGAGGAUUUGACGGUUCAACCACAUGGCGGCUGCUUGUACAUGGUCACCGUCAAUGGUACCAUUGAAAAGGAAGAAAAAAUUUCAAAUACCAGCAUAAGCAACGGUCUAGCUUGGACGAAGGACAGCAAAAAAUUCUACUUCAUAGAUAGUACAGAAAGGACUGUGACAGGAUAUGAUUAUGAUCAAACAAGCGGAGAAAUAGAAAAUAAAACAACAGUUUUCAACCUUGCGGAUCAUCCUGAUUUGAAGGGAAUCCCGGAUGGAAUGAUAAUCGAUGACGAGGACAAUCUGUGGGUCGCUCUUUUUGGUGGAACUUCUGUUGUUCACUUGAAUCCAAGUACGGGGAAAAUAAUUAAAGUCAUAACAAUACCGGCGACGUACGUAACUUCUGCAUGCUUUGGGGGUCCAGAACUUGACGUACUUUAUGUAACGACUUCCCGCCUCCACCUUAAUGAAACCGAGCAACUGAAAGAACCGCUAGCGGGGAGCGUGUUUGCUAUAGAGGACUUGGGAGUGAAAGGCGUCCGGGGACAUGCAGCCAUAUUCAACUUGUCCUGACUAAUAUUGAAGUAAUAAUAUAUUUAUUUAUAAAAACUAAA